CGCCCGGGUGCCGGAGCCGAGGCCGUCAUGGCGGAGGCGGGCGAGCUGAGCCCGCUGCUGGGUCCGGGCGGUCCGGGCAGCCCGGGCCGUCGGAGCCCGAGGCGCCGGCUGUUGGCGUGCGGCGCGGUGCUGCUGGGCGAGCUGCUGGAGCGGGCCGCCUUCUACGGGCUGACGGCCGAGCUGGUGGUGUUCCUCACGGGGCCCCGCGCCGGCUGGGAGGGCGCCCAGGCCAGCCAGGCGCUGCUGCUGCUGAUGGGGCUCAGCUCGCUGGCGCCCCCGUUCGGCGGCUGGCUGGCCGACGCCCGGCUGGGCCGCAGGGCCGCCCUGCUGCUGGGCCUGGGCCUGGCCCUGCUCGGCCUGCUGCCCUUCCCCCUGCUCGCGCGCGACGCCGCCGACGCCGACGCCGCCGACGCCGCCCGGCCGGGGCCCCGCGGGGGCGACGGCCACCGCCCCGCCCCGACCCCCGGCACCUCUCGCUGCCCCGUCGCCGCCGUCUACCUGGGCCUGGUGGGCCUGGGCCUCGGCGUGGGCACCGUCAAGGCCAACAUCACCCCCUUCGGGGCCGACCAGGUUAAAGAUCUCGGUCCAGAAGCCACGAGGAGGUUUUUUAACUGGUUUUACUGGAGCAUUAAUUUGGGAGCAAUUUUUUCGCUCGGAGGCAUCGCCUAUAUCCAGCAGAAUGUGAGCUUUGUCAUCGGCUACAUCAUCCCGACAGUUUGCAUUGGAAUUUCCUUUUUGAUAUUCCUGGGCGGUCAGAGCGUCUUCAUCUCCAAACCUCCGGAUGGGAGCGCGUUCACCGACAUGUUCAAAAUUUUGGCUUAUUCCUGUUGCUCCCAAAAGCGGUUCAGGGAACCCCAGAGUGGUGGGCAAAACACUGGAGUAUUUCAACGAUCGUACAGACAAAGUUUAUUUGACUCAGCAAAGAUGUCAAGAGGAGGGCCGUUCCCGGAAGAUAAAGUCGAAGAUGUAAAAUCUCUUGUCAAGAUCAUUCCUGUAUUUUUAGCUUUGAUACCUUACUGGACAGUUUAUUUUCAAAUGCAGACAACAUAUGUUUUGCAAAGUCUUCACCUGAAAAUCCCGGAAAUUUCCAACAUUACCACUACUCCCCACACGUUUCCCGCAGCCUGGCUCACCAUGUUUGAUGCCGUGCUCAUCCUGAUCCUGAUCCCCGUAAAGGACAAAUUGGUAGAUCCCGUUUUGAAAAGGAAUGGCUUGCUCCCAUCAUCUCUAAAAAGGAUUGCAGUUGGAAUGUUCUUUGUGAUGUGCUCUGCUUUUGCUGCAGGAAUUUUGGAAAGUAAAAGACUGGAAAUUGUGAAAGAGAAAACAAUCAAUCAAACGAUUGGAAAUGUGGUGUACCAUGCUGCCGAUUUGCCAAUAUGGUGGCAGGUGCCCCAGUACGUACUAAUUGGGAUCAGUGAGAUAUUUGCCAGCAUAGCAGGUCUAGAAUUUGCAUAUUCAGCUGCUCCUAAAUCUAUGCAGAGUGCCAUUAUGGGCUUGUUCUUCUUCUUCUCUGGAAUUGGGUCGUUUGUUGGCUCCGGGUUGCUGGCUCUGGUAUCUAUUAAAGCAAUUGGAUGGAUGAGUAAUCAUACGGACUUUGGUAACAUUAACGGCUGCUAUUUGAACUAUUACUUUUUCCUGCUGGCUGCCAUCCAGGGAGCGACCCUCCUGCUUUUCCUUAUCGUUUCUGUGAAAUACGACCGGCAGAGAUCGAGGGCUAAUGGAAUAUCUGCCAGGGGGAGGACCUGACGUUUCCUGAAAUUGAAGUAAAGUUGAUUAGAUUGACAUGUCAAUAAAUUAACUGGCCAUGCACUGAAAGUCUGCAAGAUUUUAAGUUACCGUGAAAUGUAGGACUUUGUCUUAAAACUUGCAUGUUAUGUGAAACUGUUUCUUUUUUCCCCUUCUUCCUAAACAACACAAGUGCCUUAUUUUGGUUGCUCUCCUAUUGCACUGUUCCCCGAUUUGUAGGGCAGGUGCAGAGUUUUAAAUGCAUUAUUUUGAAGUAAGAAAGGUUCUCUCUGGGAAUUCUUCAGGUUCGUUUCCUUUGGGUGUUUUUUUUUUUAACUGUUGUGAUUAAGAGUUCCAGAAAUUAUUGUAGAGCGGUUCAGCAUACAGACUUUAGUGAUAUGACCGUUUAUAAAGGGUGUCAAUAAGAAUUUGACCCCAAGAAAUGCAGCCAGUUUAUAAAAGCAGUAUGUAGGUCACAGGUAUUAUUAAAGACGAAAGUAUUUCCUUCCCUUGAGAUAUUUGUUCAUUUCCUUGAAGUUCAUUUUACCAACUAAGAUCACCUUGGGUAAGAUUUCCUUUUUAUCUUUAUUAAAAUCCAAGUAUACGGUUACUCUACUUGACACGGCAUCACUGAGUGGUAUAAUUCGAAAUGAAAUCGGCCUUUUCACCUCGGUGGUGUCCUGAAAUUUUAGCCUCGCUUUUUUUGUACUGGGCCUGUUUUACAAAACAUUUAUUUAGCCAAUGCCAGGGUUUUGGCACAGGUUUUCUGCAAUAGCCGGAGCUAGUUUUGGGCCUGUAACUGUAUUGUCUUUUCACCCCGGAAAGGCUGCCGGUUUUGUCAGAAUAUUGGUGGAGUCGUGUUCUCUCCCCAGUGUUUUCAGUUCCUUCAGCACUGAAAGUCUGCAAGAUUUUAAGUUACCAUGAAAUGUAGGACUUUGUCUUAAAACUUGCAGGUAACUGGAAUGUGGGUGUGGUAUUAGUUUGACAUUUGAGGCCUUGUUUUAUGAAAUAUCUCAGUCACCUAGAUUAACGCGCACUACCACUUAGAGGAUGUUUAUUUAACCGUUAUUUCUUCGGUCCCGACGGGUCCUUUCUCCUGCAUAACCGGACCGGUCACUCAGAGCAACGCAUUCCUGAUAGGAAUAAACGCUUCAGGAUUUUUGUAUAUUUCAGUCUUUGAAAACUUCAUCCGAUUUCUUCAUCUCUUAUUUAAGCCGAAUCAAGGGGGUGAGGGCGGGGGGAAAGCAUUACUUUGCACAGAAUUAUUCAGAAAGGAAGCUGAGAAACAGCAAACCAUUUUUUCGAAAGUGUUAAACUUCUACCGCGUCCUCCUCAGUUACUUGGAACUUGAACUGUUACAUGAGUCUCUUUUUGUUUUUGAAGGAAUAGACAGAAGCCAACAUUUGCGCUGUAACUUUAGUCCAGUUUUGGUGACUCGUUUUUAAAAAAUAAACUGUUCUACCGGCA